AUUUUGAAACACAAUGUACGUGAUGUUGUUUCCGGUCUAUGUCGAAUUCUCAUAACAUCAGGCUAGAGCUGCGACUGGAAGCUAACGCUAACGCUGUUGUCGGUGGAUUUUUCCCAACACACACAGAGGCAAAACAUGUCAGACACGGAGACAAAACCAUCCAGCCAAGACGGCGGGGAUAAGAAGGACGGAGAGUACAUCAAAUUAAAAGUGAUCGGUCAGGACAGCAGUGAAAUCCACUUUAAGGUGAAAAUGACGACACAUCUAAAAAAGCUGAAGGAGUCUUACAGCCAGAGACAGGGCGUCCCAGCGAGCACGCUAAGGUUUCUGUUCGAAGGACAGAGAAUCGCAGAUAACCAAACUCCGAAAGAGCUGGGGAUGGAGGACGAGGACGUCAUCGAGGUUUAUCAAGAACAGACCGGCGGACUUUGGAACGAUUAAACCUCCUGCAUUUCUAAAUCUUUUUUUUUUUCUUCUUAUUUUGUAUUUUAUUUUGUAUGUAUGUACGUAUUUUUUGUUCAGUUUCAAACCAUCUGGAUCAAAACCGACUCUAUCAGGGCUUCCAUGUGUGAGGGCGGGAAGGUGAACAGACCGAGGUAAGAGCGAGGGAGAAAAAGGACAGCGGGUCCUGAGCAAUAGCGUUCAGUCGCAUCGCAUCUUGUUUGUGUUUGUUUGUUUUUUUAAAUCCCAUCUUUUUUUGGGGGGUGGCAGCAGAAGCAAGUAACGUGCUUAAGGAGCAAGCUAAAGGAAUAGUUCACCCAAAAAAACAAAUAUUAUCACUUAUGCUUCUUUAGCUGCACUAAGGGUCCAAAAAGUUCAAUAAUUACUUGCUAAUCAGCUGUUGUUUAAAGACCUAAAUCUAAUUGCUACAUGAAAUGAAAUAGAGCUGGUCAGGUGCAUCUUGAGAUUUAUGACCCUUGAAAAAGCUGAAACCAGGUGAUCACAACCCAAAUAUUUGACUACUGAGACCACCCGAUAACGACACAAACAGUUUUUGGAAGCACUAUUCCUUUAAGUGUGUUCUCGGCAUCGUCUUGCUUUUCCUUUGUACGGAAAAAUGUAAAAAUGAGUCGUGGUUUUCCAGAGGAAAUGUGACAGAGGAGCUGGACACACCAAGUCAGACGCUGUUUGUACACAGAGCAGUUCAUUCCACACGUCUGGUGUAUUUACAUUCAGGGCAUUCAGCAGACAGAGGGUUCACUCAGACACAUGACCCGCUCAUCACUGCUCAGUCUCUCAGUUCAUCCACAUUUGUCAGUGUAGAUUUGAAUAAUUUACAUCUACAGCCUCUGUGUGUGUGUGUGUGUGUGUGUGUGUGCGAGCGAGUGUGUGUGUGUGAGAGUGUGUGUGUGAACUGCACCAUCACAAAAUUGUAAAAUUCUGACAAUAAUUGACCUGAUAUGAUCAUCUUUGAGAUUUGAAACCUUUUUUUAAAUGAUAAUUGUGCUUUACUUGUAUAUGUUGUACUCAGUAUUAGAGUGUGUUUGAAUGAUAUGCCACAUGUA